GGCAGCAGCAGUCCAGGGGCGGGCAGGCUCUAACCGUGCAGUAUGGCGGACGAUGGAGACAGUUCGAGCGGACCAGUUGACACGAACGGCGGGCAGGGGGCGGCGGUUGAGUCGGACGGGUUCGGCCUCGGCGGGAUGUUGCUGAAUAUCGGUAUUUUGGUGGCGGUGGUGGCGGUCUGUGUGCUGGUGUACCGGUGGUGGGGCAGGCGGCUCGUAUCCGCCGCGGCCCAGGGCGACGAGGCCUCGGCUCUUCCCAAGAUGAGGAGACGGGACUUCACGCUGGAGCAGCUGCGGGAGUAUGACGGACUCCAGAACCCCCGCAUCCUGAUGGCCGUCAACAUGAAAGUUUUCGACGUGACCAGCGGCAAAAAGAUUUACGGAAAAGCUGGUCCUUAUGGCGUUUUCGCCGGCCGGGAUGCUUCACGAGGCCUGGCCACCUUCUGCCUGGAGAAAGACGCCCUGAGGGAUGUGUACGACGACCUGUCGGACCUCACCGCUGUACAAAUGGAGAGCGUGCGGGAGUGGGAGAUGCAGUUCAUGGAGAACUACGAUUACGUCGGCAGGUUGCUGAGGCCCGGAGACGAGCCGUCGGAGUACACGGACGAGGAGGACAUCAAAGACCACCUGAAACACGACUGAGCGGUGUCCGUCCCACCGACCAAAACCAGGAGUCCAAACAGCUGCGACAGACCGCCUCUUCUUCCUCCUCCUCCAUCCAUCCUUCCAUCCUCGCUACCUGACCCUGCUCCUCCCAAAAAAACCCGCCCACCCUCCUGAAGCUGUUCUGGUGUCGUGGCUGUUCUGGAAAGGACAGAACUCUGGAGUCUCAAAAAAAAAAAAAACCUUCCUCCCUCCUCAUCCACCAACAGAGACUACAGAGAGAGAGACAGUGAGGUCGAGCCAUUUGAUUUAUCCAAACUUAACCGCGAAAUUUGUUGGGGGAAUGAGGGAGGUACAGGAGUGUGGUGACGGCCGCUGAUGCUGCUGCUGCUGCUGCUGUUGUCGGGUGGAGGCCGCUCGCAGUCGGUCAGGAGCUGAUCGGUGGAUCGGGACGGGGAAACGGAUUUCUCUUCUCUUUUUACCUGCAGUUUAGUCACAUCGCAACGGCAACACUGCUUCCGCUCUUUGGGACGGCUUAUCAAUCAGUCAAUCAGUCUGUUUGUUUUCACUUCUGAUUCUUCGAUUCUGUUCUGCGUUCAAACCAUUUUACACCCCCCUCCUCCUCCUGUCGCUCAGACGGCAGCGCUGUGGCCGAACCAAAGGUAACCGACGGUGGGGGAAGAGGGGGGCGUCGCAUUUUCCUGUUGUGUUUUUGUAGUGUAUGCACUACUAGUUUUCUUCGUUUGUCACCAUGUGAUUGUAUUUGUUGAGUAGCAUUGGGGGUGUGGGAGGGGGGAGGGGUGUUCUCGCUUUUUGUUUUUGUUUGGACGGGGGGUCAAUCACAUGGGACGUACAAAGGGAAGGUGAUUUAGUUUUUCGUCGUCCUAAUCAAUCGAAUCAAUUGUUUACAUGCGUCACAAGCCAGCUACGAGUCUGUAGACCCCGCCCCCAAAACCCCACCCUCUCCCUGUAAAACAAAACAAUGGUCCAAGUAUUAAUUGUGCCUUAUUUAGUUUGUUGUGUCAGUCCAAGGCUGGUGUAACAGGAAGUGAGCGAAGGUUUCGGCGCCGUCCAGGCGACUCCACCCACCCCAAGCCCCCCCCCUCCCCGUACGCUUCUAGAAGGCAAACGUUGUGAUGGUCGUCCGCGCACAGAGCGACCGCGUGUCACGUAGACCCCACUCCCCUCCUCCUAAACCCCACCCACCGCCCGCCAACUUCACAAACUCUGUAAAUAAACCGUCGGAAAUUACUCAGUGUUACUGCCAUAUUUAUGUAGUUGAUGACAAAACUCCGUAUACGUAUAACGCUGUGUCGUAUUGGCCAAAAAGAAAACAAAAAAAAACACAACCCCCUCUCCCCCUCUCAUGGUUU